AUGAAAAAGCAACCGGUAACCGGAUCCCAAACGUGGGUAUGGUCGCUUCGUAAGGACGCCCUUUUAAAAGAACUCGAGAAAUACCCAGUGAACAUCGAACCGCAGGCAACGUUAUCAGAAUUAAGAUUUCUUUUGCGAACGGAAUUAAAUAAAGCGAAAGCCGCGAACGCAGGUCGUGCGGGUCGGUACGAUAAAUUAUUAGUCGAUCUCGAUCGUUCCGAAGCCGAAUUGGACAACCUCGACAACUCAGACGACGGCGCGACGAUUGAAGACCCUGAGAACGACGACGAACACCCGUCAGACGAAGACCGGGGCAGUGUGGACCAAUCACCUGAGACAAGAAAUGCCCGACACCGACAAACCCGAGAAGAACAAAUUCGGGUUGAGAUUGAACGGGAAGAACGUGAGAGGUUUGAAAGAGAAGAACGAGAAAGAAUCGAGGCAGAAGAAAGGGAACGAAUGGAGAACGAGAGAAGGCAACAAGAGGAACGAGAUCGUCGAGCACGGGAAGCAAGGGAGCAAGCAGAGAGAGAACAGGCUGAAAGAGAACGAGCCGAGAGAGCAGCGCGGGAAGCAGCAGAGCGAGACGACCAAGAAAUACGUGAGCGUUUGCGACAAGAAAUCCGGGCACAACUCUUACGUGAACGCGAAGAACAACGGGCGCGUGACGCGGGUCGGGAAGAGAGAGAAGCGAGAGUGAGACGUGAGAAUGAACAGCGAGAGAGAGAAGAACAGGAAUUACGUGCUCGGUUGCGGGAAGAAAUUCGUGAGCAAAUAUUACGCGAAGAAAAUGAGCGACGCGAACGCGAAAACCGAAACCGGCGGACAGGUCACGAGUCCAUGGAAGUAGCUGAACCCAGAGCUGGUUCCUCAAGACAAGGAACCCCGUUACCAAGUCGCGCUCGACAGUCACUAUUGGUAGAUGACUCCGUCGAGCUUCGAAAGAGGGACUUGGUACGGAAAUGGGGCGUCGUAUUCAAUGGGGAACGCGACGUCCAGGAAUUCCUGGAACGGCUGGAAGAAUUGGCAGAAAGCUAUGGGUAUGAGAUGGACCACUUAGUGCCAUGCAUCCCGAUUUUGCUCCGGGAAAAAGCUCUCCUCUGGUACAGAAAUAACAAGAGGGAUUGGGUUUCUUGGGAAGACUUCGUAUCGGAUCUAAAAGCUUUUUACCUGCCUCCAGGACUCGAACUAGAGCUGGAAGAACAAAUCCGGAACCGCGUACAAAGAUCGACCGAAACCGCGGCAGAAUAUGCAACCAAAUUGCAAACACUAAUGAGAAGACACGGUCAAAUGUCAACCACAGCCCGUCUUACUCGUUUGUAUCAUAAUUUGAGACCUGAGUAUCGCCGAUACAUUAAACGUACGGAAUUUACCACUGUUCCGGAACUUUUACGACUCGCGGGUGAAUAUGAACAACUCGUCGCGCAGGAAAGAGCCCCUCCGGCCAAAGAAACCAAGCAACCACCCCGGAAACCGGUAAAGACCGCGACACAAGCACCACUCGAAAUUUUCGAGUAUAACUGGCGAGAGUGUUGUUGGAGAUGUCGACAACGGGGACAUACUAAGCCUGAAUGUACGAAUCAGUGGGUGAAAUUUUGCAUGCGGUGUGGUAAAAUGGGAACGUUUUCCCGAGAUUGUCCCUGCCCAAGACAGGGAAACGCCGAGAGGACCGGUACACGCUCCCAAACCCGGUCCGUGAUUCCCCCGGGAGCACAAAAUCAAACGAGCAACGCGCCGAGAAGCCCCGAGCCGAAGGCAGGCAAUUCCAGCCAACAGCCGUAA